AUGGCUCACGUCCACUCUCCCACCAAGGAGACUGUGCCCGCGAAUCGUCACUACGUCGACGAAGACGAGCUCGACAGCACGCACAUGUCUCCAGGCAAAUAUGCGGCGACCAGAAUCAGCACCCUCAAGCCUCCCAUGGCAAAGGCACCGAAUCCAUUCACGCUGCUGGCCAUGCUCAACACCCAACAAUGGCUUUUCUUCCUCGUGGCGUUCUUUGGCUGGUCGUGGGAUGCCUUUGACUUCUUCACCGUGUCGUUGACCGUGUCUGACCUGGCCGAGACAUUCAACAAGAGCAACACGGAUAUCACGUGGGGCAUCACUCUGGUGCUCAUGUUCCGUUCGGUGGGAUCAACCAUUUUCGGUAUCGCGUCUGACCGAUAUGGACGGAAGUGGCCCUUCAUUGUCAACAAUAUCCUCUUCAUUGCCCUCGAACUCGGCACCGGCUUUACCCAGACCUACGGCCAAUUUCUCGCCGUGCGCGCCCUCUUUGGCAUUGCCAUGGGCGGCUUGUAUGGUAACGCAGCAGCGACCGCACUGGAAGAUUGCCCCCCAGAGGCCCGUGGUAUCAUUUCCGGAAUGCUGCAACAAGGCUACGCAUUUGGGUAUCUGCUUGCCACGGCAUUUGCUCGUGCCCUGGUCAACACAACCUCGCACGGUUGGAGGCCGCUCUUCUGGUUUGGCGCCUGCCCGCCAGUGCUGAUCAUUUUGUUCCGUCUGUGUCUCCCCGAGACCAAUACUUUCCGCGCUCGCCAGGCUAUUCGUGCGCAGCAAGGAACUUUGGCGGGCACUUUUAUCUCCGAGGGAAGAGUCGCGUUGAAGAGACACUGGAUGCUUCUCAUCUACUUGGUUCUUUUGAUGGCGGGUUUUAACUUUAUGAGCCAUGGCUCCCAGGACUUGUAUCCAACAAUGUUGACCAACCAAUUCAAAUUCUCCGCCGACGCCGUCACAGUCACGCAGGUUGUAGCCAAUUUGGGCGCCAUGACCGGCGGCACCGUCAUCGGGUACUGCUCGCAGAUCUUCGGCCGUCGCUUCAGCAUUAUUUUCAUUUCGAUCGUUGGUGGGGCGUUGUUGUAUCCCUACACCUUUGUCACCUCCAAGGCCGUCAUUGCGGCGGCGUUCUUUGAGCAGUUCUGUGUCCAGGGCGCAUGGGGUGUCAUUCCGAUUCACCUGAUGGAGCUUUCUCCCGGUUCGCUGCGGACGUUUGUCGUGGGUACUUCGUACCAACUCGGCAACUUGGCCUCGUCGGCCUCUUCCACGAUCGAGUCCACCAUCGGCGAACGGUAUCCCCUCGCGCCUCUCAUCAACAAGGAAGGGAAAGCCGUCAAACGAUACAACUACGGCAAGGUCAUCUGCAUCUUUAUGGGUGCGGUUUACGCCUAUGUCAUUCUGCUGACCUUGAUCGGACCAGAGAGGCGAGGCAGGAGUUUGGACGUGGAGGACGACGAGGACAUGGCCGAGGUUACCCACAUGGAUCUGAGGCACCACCAGGUUCCGGUGGAGCACAGAGAUUCCAGCGAGGACGACAAGGCGGUCGCGAGCGAGAAGGUUUGA